AUGCAGGCGGUUGUCUUGUGCCUGUUCGCAUCAUUGUACGCGUUUACCGCGUGUGCACAUUCAGUGGAACUCACACUCACAGCCCCUUGGUCAUCUCCUCCAUUGACGGUCGAGUUUAUUGAAACAGUGGCUGGAAACAAUGACACGCUUUACUUUUCACUCGUCAACGAUUACGUGCAGCAACCUGUUACCGAUCUCGAUACACCUGAAGCUGUUUACAAGGACGCGGUGGCCCGAGCACAACACCAUACAGGCUCCAAACGCGCUACCAGUAUCGCCAAAGCAUCCUUUGCCAUCCAUGCAGCAGCACCGCGUGUAGAAGCAUACCAUCAGCAUUAUCGUGAACAAUAUGGGGAUUCGGAUAUUCCAUGUGAUACGUGGGUGUUACAAGAUCUCAAGACACCUGUUGUAUGCCAUCCUAGCGAUUUGAUUGAAAAGGUGGUGGGAUUGCCUUAUCGACCCGACUUGCUAUUGCCAUUCGAUCAUAUCAUGAUGACCCAUCAAGAUGUUCAUCACGUGGCCAUCAUCUACACAACCGACAUCACUUCUUCCAUAUUUGCGGACUUUCAUCGUAUCCUCUCCAAAGCUGUGCAUGAACGACCCCAUUUCGCCUACAUCAUUCGUUACAAGCCUGUUAGCAAUGGCGAUCAUCAUCAACAAGCAAUUGCAGGAUAUGGUGUCGAGCUGGCAUUGAAAAAGACUGAUUAUUUGGUCAUUGAUGAUCGAGAAAACAAAGAGACAUCGGUCAAGGGAAAAUUGGCUAGCAUUGGGAAGAAAAUCAGCCAAACGUUAUUUGAGGAUACGCCUUCCGAGAUUGAACCACUCUCCAAGGAUGAGAUUAAAGAGCUUGGUUUAAAGGCUGCCCAAUUUGUUCAAAAUGCCAAAGAUCCCAUGUCAGCGUUGGUUCAAUUAUCCCAAGAUUUCCCUCGUUAUGCAAAGAGUGUGAGCGGGCUCACUCUCCAGAAACCGCUUGUCGAAGAAGUCACCCAUAAUCAACGGCUUUUGACGGAGAGUGGAUUGAACGCAUUUUGGCUUAAUGGACGUCCCAUCGAACCUGAAGAUUUGGAUCCAUUCUCGCUUGUGAGGACCCUUAAGACUGAGCAGGAAUUGAUCGAGAUCUUUGAACGUAUCGGCUUUACAGCAGAACAAGCGAUUGGCGUCAUGACUGAUCCAGCACUCGCUAAAAUGGAAUCAAGCACCAGCGCUCGAGAACCUACGGAUUACUUUGAUGUUCGCAGCGAGCUUGUCAUUUGGUUGAACAAUUUGGAAAAAGAUAAACGUUACAAAGCAUGGUCUAAGAAUAUGAUGGAUAUGCUCAAGCCUGUUUAUCCCGGUCAAUUGAGAGCAAUUGGUCGCAACAUUUACAAUUUGGUGAUGGUGGAGGACCUUGCAUCACAAGAGUCUUUGACACGCAUGACCCAACAGGUGGUUGAUAUGAUCAAACGCAAUACGCCUAUCCGCUUUGGUGUUUUACCUGUGGUUGCUAAAGCUGAUUCUCCCACUACUGCGGCUGCAAUCGCCUUCUCCCAUAUUCAACAAAGCAAGAGCAGGCUUGAUUCAUUGGCUUUUCUCAACCAUGUGCUCUCGCAGCUAAACGAAGCAAAGGCACAAAAUGCAUCUAUGGAUAUGAUCAAGAAGGCCUUUGAUGAGGUUGAGCAUGAUUUAUCUCUUCAAGCGCUGUUGGAAGAGCGAGAGGCUUUUAUCGUGGACACCCAAAGGUUGCUUGCUCGCAUAGGCGUUACAUCCCAAGAUUCCGUCAUGUUUCUCAAUGGAAAAUUGAUCGAGUACAACAGCGAGCAGCCAUGGCCAAGAUUAUUGAUGAUGGGUAUCAACGAGCAAACACAAGUCGUUGCACGCGAUGUCUAUUUUGGUGACCUUGAUCAGGAUGAGGAUAUCUACAACCAUCUCAUGUCCAAGCCAUACGUAUCAUCAUCACGCAAUCCAUACAUUGUUGUAUCCGAGCAUCGUCCUCUUGUUAUGCUUCCACUUCAGACUGGUGAACAGGAUAUCCAUUACAUUUAUGGAAAAGAUCCCACGGCGGUCAAUACCAAUUUGUGGGUGAUUGCAGACUUUGACACAGUACCUGGUCUCAAGCUUGCAUCAGAGGCACUUGGAUUCUUGGAAACCGAAAACAAUGUUCGCCUUGCAUUGAUCCACAAUCCUUCAGGAAAAGCGACUUUGAAUGAUAUCUCCACUGUGCUCUACCGUGAAAUGCUUCAUGGCAACAAGGAUCUUCGGGAAUUGAUUGAUACCGCUAUUGCCACCAAGGAUGAGUCAUUAUCAGAGGCACCUGAGCAAGUCAAAGUCUUUGCUCCUGGAUCACCUGCUGUUGAGUCAUUCGCCAAUGAAGCCGUGCAUAGGCAAUCUAGAGUAUUGGAGGGACUUGGAUUAUCGGAAGGUUUUCAAGGCAUCGUUAUCAAUGGAAGAGUUAUUGGUCCUUUCGAAGAAAGCGUUACCUUUACCAAGGAAGAUUUCGGCAGCUUGCUCAGAUUUGAGAAUGACAAACGUAUUCAACCAGUUCAUGUUGCCGUGCAAAACAUGACUUUUGAUCGACCCAUUGCUGAUAUCCUUACUAUUGUCGCCACUUUGAUUGAACUCGACAAGGGCAGUGUGAAGCAAGAUGUAUUUGAAUCCCCACGACCAACGAUUCGUGAGCGACCUUACCAAGAAUUACAAGGUGACCACGUGAAGAUUACAUUGGGUGAUCGUGCUGCUGCAUUUGUUCAACUUGGUGUGAUUCUGGAUCCAGUUUCUGAAACAGCUCAAAAAUGGUCUUCCAUCAUUGAAGCGUUGGCUGGCAUGGAUGGUGUCUAUGCUGAAGUGUAUCUCAAUCCAAAAUCAAGCCUAGAUGAGAUCCCUUUGAAACGAUUUUAUCGCUAUGUGUUUGAUCGUGAAGUCAUGUUUGAUCCAACUACGGGUGCACCUACCACGCCUGCCGCCUACUUUGCCGAUCCACCUGCAGACGCCCUUUAUACAUUAGGCAUGGAUAUCGUAAAGUCAUGGCACGUGACCGUUCGAGAAGCCAAUGUGGACCUUGACAACAUUCAACUGGAUGAUACCACUUCGGUUUAUGCCAUGUAUGAGCUCGAAUAUAUUUUGGUGGAAGGACAUUGUGUCGAUUCAGCAACGCGUGGUCCUCCUCGUGGAUUACAAUUUGUUCUCGGCACUCAAACGAAGCCCGCUAUGACCGAUACCAUUGUCAUGGCCAAUCUCGGUUAUUUCCAACUCAAGGCACGACCUGGUGUAUGGCAACUUGCUCUUCGUGAAGGACGAUCCACUGAAGUGUAUCACAUUGAAAGUGUUGGCACGCAAGGAAAAUGGCAAACGUCCAAGGAUGGCAGUGAUGCUCAUAAGGAAUUGGCAUUGACGUCGUUUGAAGGACUUACCGUUUAUCCUCAAGUUCGCAAGAAUGCUGGCAUGGAAAAUGAGGAUGUAUUGACAGAGCCAUCCAACAGCAAGGAUGAAGGAGGAUUUUGGUCUUCGAUCACUGACAAAUUGUUUACCAAGAAACAUGGAGCAGCAGUGGAAAGCAAGCAGCAAGCUGAUAUCAACAUUUUCUCGGUUGCAUCUGGUCAUCUGUAUGAGCGAUUCAUGUCGAUUAUGAUUGCAUCGGUUAUGGAGCACACCAACAGCACCGUCAAGUUUUGGUUUAUUGAGAACUUUUUAUCACCCACAUUCAAGGAUUUCAUUCCUCAUAUGGCUCAAGAGUAUGGCUUUGAUUACGAGAUGGUGACAUACAAAUGGCCAUCUUGGCUUCGUGCACAAAAAGAAAAGCAACGCACCAUUUGGGGUUACAAGAUUCUUUUCCUUGAUGUGCUCUUCCCAUUGGAUCUGGAUAAGGUUAUUUUUGUGGAUGCGGAUCAAGUUGUACGUACCGAUAUGAAAGAGCUUGUGGACCUUGAUUUGCAUGGUGCACCCUAUGGCUAUACCCCCUUUUGCAAAGAUCGCACCGAGAUGGAUGGCUUCAGAUUUUGGAAUCAAGGUUAUUGGAGAGAUCAUUUGCGUGGCAAGCCUUAUCAUAUUAGUGCCUUAUAUGUGAUUGAUCUGGUGCGUUUCCGGCAAUUGGCUGCUGGUGAUCGUUUACGUGCUCAAUACCAACAACUCAGUGCCGAUCCCAAUUCACUUGCCAACCUUGAUCAGGAUUUACCCAACAACAUGCAACAUAUCGUGCCUAUCCAUUCACUGCCACAAGAAUGGUUGUGGUGUGAGACGUGGUGUAGUGACGAAAGCCUUUCAAAAGCCAAGACCAUUGACCUGUGCAACAAUCCUUUAACAAAAGAACCAAAGUUGGAUCGGGCACGUAGACAACUGCCAGAGUGGGAGGUGUAUGAUCAACAAGUGGAAGCACUACGAGAUCGUAUCCAUGCUGGAAAACAAGUCAAUGAUGAAGGCCAUGUUGAAAGUAGCAGCAAACCCGAACAUGCUGAGCUGUAG